AUUAUUAUUAUUAUUAUUUGUCUUAUCAACGCAGCAAUAAUAAGGAUAGUAGAAGAAGAAGAAGGGACCCUCAAACUGAAUGUCAGCAACUUUAAACUCAGGGGAUUAAAGUGUGUGUGAAUGUGAGUGUGUCGACGUCCCAUCGGCCUUAAAGACGGUUUUAGACGUUUGUAAAGUCGAAGAGUUUCGUGUCUUUGGAUCGAACCGUAGAACUGAAUAUAAAAAGUUGACGGAGCGAGAACUUCACGUUGCCCAGCAGCCGCCAUCUUGUUGUCUUCUUGUUUUAUAAAUUAAAAUGAUAAGCUAGUUCUUCUUUCCUCAAAGAACCUAAUGAUGCGUUCACACUCGCGGUCGACGUGGUUGUUUGCAACGAUGACUGAUCAUGUAUCAGGGGAUCGAGUGAAGCAAACACCUUGUUAGCGACAAUAAAAGUUGAAGUAAUAACUUUAAUUUGACGCAACUGUCGCCCUGUUGCUGACGUCCAGCUGCUCCGUCUUUAUUUGGAAACGCAACACGUUGAGUUGCAACUGGUUCCUCAAAAAACAAAGCUGGAGGCAACAGGAACCUGAUGUGUACUUCAUGGGCUGUUGGAAAAAAAAACAACAACUUCUUUUUGCUCACUUCUCAGGGCAACUGCUCAGAAACAAAGCUGAAGCAAGUCCAGUUACUUUGGGUUUAGGUUCUUGAAAUAAACCCAACAACUUGCUCUUGUUUUAAGGCAACUGGUUCUUCAACCGUUUCCUCAAACAUCUAACUCGUCCAGUUCCUUUGGUUUUUUGGGUUUUUGAAAGAAACAAGGCAACUGGUUCCUCAGCUGGUCCCUUGAGAAACCAGCUCCUCAUGAAACGAAGCUGAGACAAGUUCAGUUCCUUUGGUUUUUGGGUUUUUGAAAGAAACCCAGGAAGUCCAGUCGCCCAUUUCUCAGCUGGCAACUGGUUCCUCAAAAAACAAAGCUGAGGCAACAGCAACAGGACUCGUUAUGUUUCUUGAGAGAAACCGAACUUGUGCUUCUUGUUACUUAUUUUUUCUCGUUUCUCAGAGCAACUGGUUCCAAAAAGACAAACCUGAAAAAGUCCAGUUGCUUUGUUUUUUUUGAAGAAUCCAGUUGUAACGGAGUCACAACGUAGCGGCUGUUGUUCUGUCACUGUUGGUGUGAACGUAAAAUUAGCUCAACAUGGAGCGCCGCUGGUUGGAGGCGGGGCUUCAGUGACCUGGCUCCACCCACUCUCUGAUGUUUCUAAACCGUCUGGAGCCGAAGCUAAAAGAAUCAACCUGAACAAUAUUCUGAUCAUGAGCUCUGGACUUUUGAUCAAAUGAAAUGAGGUGAAUAAUUAUCUGGAAACAGUUUGUGAUUUAUUUAUUUUUAUUAACAGAUAAAUUGGUGGUGGAUAAAAUCAUCAGCUGCAGGAGAAACGUUGUGUUUGUGUUUAAGAAGGAACUCUGCGUUUACUCUGCAGCCUGUAGGGGGCGCUGCACUGUCAGACUGAACACGUGUUGGUUUAUUACCUGUAGAGUCAUGUUUUUAAUAAACACACUUCUGUAGGUUUUUUAUUAUUAAUAGUGGAGCGUGAUAACGCGUGAAGUAAUAUUGUAAAGGUACAUUUCCACCACUCGCAGACUCCGGUUAAAACCGGUUAAAAAGGAACCGAGAAACCGAACGGACAAUAACUGGGUUCUGGUUCUUGAAGGAAAAACCCUCACGUUCGUUUCUCUUAAGAAACUCAAACAAAUCCAGUCGCUCUUAUUUCAUCUUUGUCUUUUGGAAAUUUAUUUUGGACGUUGGUGGAAAUAAAACCAACACUUGGAGCUUUUGUUGGCGUCAAAAGAAAAAAAGGGAAAUAUUUUCAACAGAUGAUUAUUUUAAUAAAACAGGCGCCCAAGUGCCUCAAAGAUCCGAAGGUUAAAUGGGAAUAUAAGGAAUUAUAUUUGAUACUUGAGGAGGUUUAUAAAGACUUUUAUUUGGUUUAUUGUUACGUCCUGUAUUUAACGUCUUAUUAACGUGUUUCACGGAGGAAGAGUUGGAAAAUGAUGUAGGUUUUAUUUUUAUGUUAUUUUGUCUUUGACGGCCGAGUUUCUAUCUGAGCAAUAACAUGAAAUAAAAGAAUUAUUCUUUGGACUUGGUUUUACGUGAUGUUCCUUUCUUUCUUUUACUGAGGUUCCACACGGUUCUAAUCCGAGAGAAAAACAGAUGAUUUAAAGUCAAAAUAUUCUACGAAUCCUUGAUAACGAAUCCUUGAGGACUCCACAGACGAACCGGGUCUAAAAACCUCUCAGUCUGACGCUGAUGAGGCAGAGUCAGAGAUAAAAAGUGAAAGUCUGGUCACGUGACGGCGUCAUCAGGUCACUGAUCAAUGAGAAUCAAUCAGACUCUAAUCACUCACUGUUUGGAUCAGUCAGUGUCUCUGAGGUCAGAGGUCAAACACCUGGACUCAUCUCAGCUCCUCUAAAACAUGUUAAAAGCAGCCGGAGCACAAACAAAGUGGGUAGAAGAAGAAGAUGAGAUGUAAAAGAAACCAUUAAAAACAAUAAAAGCACGUUGGGUUAAAAAAACAGAAAAAAAAAAAGAGUUCAGUUUAUUUAUUCUCAUUUAAAGAGGAUAAACGAAUAAAUUACCUUAUUAUCUCAUUUAUUUCACCACGACUGGAGGGAGAAAGUAAAAGAGAAAAGGCGUCAGAACGAAAUCAAAAGUGAGUAUAUUUUCCCUUCGUUCAUCUUGGACUUUCCCUCUCUCCGUCCUUCCCACUCACAGUAAUUAAAAAAAUAAUAAAAGAUGUUUGUUCCAGGUGCAGCGUCGUGUCCCGUCCUGCGGGGGGCGACGUGUCCCGUGUCCUCCCACACGAUGGACAAGAAAAAGGGGGCGUUUGUUUCACCAGAGGGGAGGGAACGAAUCGUCUGAGGUUCAUGAGUCGAACUGAUUGUCUCCCUCACACCUCGACAGACCCACACAAAGGAAACACAGGCGGCGUUUAGCCCUUCGUUCAUCCUCCUAUUCAUCCUUUUAUUCAUCCUUCUAUUCAUCCUUUUAUUCAUCCUCCUAUUCAUCCUUACAUUCAUCCUUACAUUCAUCCCGUCAUUCAUCGUCUGAUGUGAGGAUGGAGCUGAGCUUUUUCUGCAGGAGCUUCAUUCACGUCGUCUCAGUCGUGCUGCUGACGUGGUCGUGGUGCGUUCAGGGACUUAGCGUUAGCGUGUCCCAGAGGAAGGUUCUGUGGCGUCUGAGGGACCGGGGCCAGGUGGUGGUCUCGGUGAAGGACUGCCCCUCCACGCCGGUGAUGUCCUGGUCUCUGAUGGGGGACCGCCACCUGCCGGCGUCCAUCGUCAACAACGCUACUCACUCGGUGGUGACCUUUGACCCAGUGUCCACGGAGGUGGACGGGACGCUGGCCUGCAAAGUCACCUGUGGAGCAGAGGGCAAACAAGUCACGAUCUCAGUGGUGGUCUACUCUUCCCCAUCAGUCCCUGAGGUCACGGGUCACGACGGUCUGAGGGUCGGCGUCAAUUCCAGCCUCUCCUGCCAGGUGGGGGACGUCUUCCCUCCACAGCUGGACCUCACCUGGAUCAGAGGAGACCAGGUCCUGCAGACAGACACUCGAGACUCCACGUCCAUUUCAGUCCCGUCCGUGUUCUGGUUCAUCCCUGAGAAACACGACAUGGGCCAGAAGAUCACCUGCAGGGCCGCGCUGGACCUGGAGGACCUACCGGAGGAGAACCGGACCAAGGAGACCACCGUGGACCUGAACGUCCUCUAUGCUCCCGUUGUCACGGCGAUCUCAGACCCAGUGACGGUGAUGGCCGGCUCUCCUGUCUCCCUCAGCUGCUCUGUGGAGGGGAACCCUGAGCCGGUGGUGGUCUGGAGCCUCAGGACGGAGGAGGGGGGGUCGGUGGAGGUGGGCCGAGGCGGGACGCUGGACUUCAGGUCGGUCAGAGCCUCCGACACCGGAACCUACGAGUGUGAGGCCCGAAACACGGAGGGAAACCAUACGGCCGGCGUGAACGUCACGGUUAACGCUCCGCCCACCAACGCCUCCCUGUCGGUGAGUCCAGGUGAGGAGGUGGUGGAGGGUCAGCGGGUCACGUUUACCUGUAGCUCAGAUGGAGCUCCGCCCCCCACACUGGUCAUCAGACGAAAAGGGGUGGAGCUUAAGAGCAAUGACUCCGCCCCCUCCUCCUCGCUCACCUUCAGCCUUGACUCCGCCCUCCCCGGAGACUCCGCCCUGUACGAGUGUUCUGCCUCCAACCGGUUUGGAUCCCAGACGGUCAAAAGGUCCGUCACUGUCAGAGCUCACCCCCUGCAGGUGGAGGCGAGUCCUCAGCUCUCAGCCGAGCGACGCUCCGCCCUCAUCCUGACCUGCCGGGCGUCCGGGUGUGUCCACCCCCCCAGCCUCACCUGGAGGAGGACGGACACGGGGACGGGGGACGGACACGGAGCCGUCCUCCAGAAGACGAAGCAGCAGGACGGGACGUCUCAGCUCCACCUGCAGGACCUGGACCUCCAGGACCAGGGAGGGUACAGAUGUGAGGCCGAAUGUGACGGCGUCGUCCGGACCAGAGACAUCCAGGUCCACAUCUACUCGUUCCCGUCUGAUCCGGUUCUGGAGGACCCCGGUCCGGUGCUGCUGGGCUCGGAGACGUCCCUUCGCUGUGACGUCCUCGGCGUCUUCUCGUCCAAUAAGCUGAGGCUCCGCUGGCUCUCUGGGAACCGGAUGCUGGACACGAAGUCCUUUGGGUUCUCUGGUUCCUUACGGAACGUCUCCUACGUCCUCCAGCACCAGGUCCAGGAGGACGAGCCGGUCCUGACCUGCCGGGCGGAGCUGCUGACGGAGGACGGACACGUGUGGAGGUCCAGGAACUCCAGCGUCUCCCUGCAGGUUCACUACGCUCCGAGGACACCGUCCCUGUCCGUGAGUCCAGGUGAGGGGGUGCAGGAGGGUCAGCGGGUCACGUUUACCUGUCGCUCAGACGGAGCUCCGCCCCCAACACUGGUGCUCAGACGAGAAGGGGUGGAGCUUCAGAGGGCUAGCUCCGCCUCCUCCCCACUCACCUUCAGCCUUGACUCCGCCCUCCUCGGAGACUCCGCCCUCUACGAGUGUGAAGCCUCCAACCAGUUUGGAUCCCAGACGGUCAACAGGUCCGUCACUGUCAGAGCUCCUCCGAGAAACACCACGGUCCUCGUCCUCCCGUCUGCAGAGGUCCAGGAGGGAGAGAACGUCACCAUCUGCUGCCGGGCCGUGAGCUUCCCUCAGUCCGUGGUGGUUCUGAAGAAACUGGCCAACGGGACGGAGAUGUCCUCGUCCAACGGGACGUUCCUGUUGGUCAACGUCACGGCCAGAGACUCGGGGCUGUACCAGGUGAACGUGACCAACGAGCUCGGAUACCAGGUCAAAGUCUUCAGCCUCAGCGUCAGAGAGAGAAGCUCCAGACGUCCUCCCAGCCUCAACGCCGUCGUCAUCCCGGUCGCCUGCGUCGCCGCUGCACUAGCAACCACCGCUCUGGUCCUGGACUAUCUGAGGAGGUCCAGGAAAAAAGGCUUUUAUCAGCUCCCUCAGUCUGCUCCACCUUCAGCCUGAGCUGAACCUGGACUCAGGACUAACGGGUUCACUCAUGAGGCUGAGACCUCUGGACACGUCCUGCUGCUACCGCCAUUUAAAACUGGACCAACGCGUCCCGAACAUUCAGCUACAAACCCCUGAAUGUGGCCUCUGCUUCCAAACGUGGAGGACGUGCACCGACAAACGUGGCAACGAGGGUUCAACAUGUGGCCUCCGCCUCCUUUCACCUGCCGCCGUUCAAUAACAGCAAAGAUCCACGUUCUCAACACGUUGCUGCCGUCUCCCAAUACGUGGCUUGUGCUAGCAUGUGGCUAACACUUCCUAGCACGUGGCUACCGCCUUUAAACUGGCUAACACUGCCUAGCAUGUGGCUAGCACCUUUGCUUUUCAAAAUAUGGCUAGCACGUUCCAAAAUGUGGCUACCACCUACAAGCAAACAGCCACCAACAUCACAACAUGUGGCUACCACCUUCGCACAUCUGGCUAACACUUCCUAGCAUGUGGCUACCACCUGUGAACAUCUGGCUAACACUUCCUAGCAUGUGGCUACCACCUGUGAACAUCUGGCUAACACUUCCUAGCAUGUGGCUACCACCUUUGAACAUCUGGCUAACACUUCCUAGCAUGUGGCUGCCACCACGUCCCAACACGCGGCUCCAAAUAUCAACAUGUGGAGUCAUUUUUAAACAAAUACAAACACGUGACUGAUGUUUUUUCACGAUGCUUCUACAUUUACACAGGCCCAAGCUGAAAGUUAAUGAUCAAUAGUCAGUGACUUUCCUCGUCUUUGUGGAGUAAAGUUUGUCCUGAGUUGGGACGGAUUCUGCUGAAGCUGAGACCAAUCAGAUCGUUCAGGGUUCAGGAACUUAAUUGCGUGCAGAGACGCUGAUAAUGGGCUAUAAUGACCUCGGAGGUCGAGCUCGUGUUGUGUUUGGUGCUCGUGUCCUGGAAAUGAGAACGUGUGUUUUCUCUCAGCUCUUCAUUAACUCGUAUUUAUUGGCUCACUUCUCUCCCUCGUCUCGUUGGAAUCUGAUUAUAUUUCCUGGGAUUGUGCAGCUUUUCCUUUCAUUUCUAUCAGGUUCCACUGUUUACUGGAAGUCUUCAGGGGCCCCACCUCCCGCCUCCCUCCUCCUCCUCCUCCUCCUCCUCCUCCUCCUCCUCCUCCUCCUCCUCCUCCUCCUCCUCCUCCUCCUCCAGGCCUGAUUCAGCUCUGAAACUUUUCAGCGACCGUUUGUCUUCCAGCAUUUUUUCUUCUUCCCUUUUCUUUCACUUGCGGCUCAGAGAGAAACAUCCAUUCAUUAAAGCUCCUCCUGAAGAUUUAGAGCCGAGAUUAAAUGUCUCUGCUGAGGAGACGAGAGGAAAGAGGAUAGAGGAAAGGAGAGGAGGAGGAGAGGAGAGGAGCUACCAGUGGGACCGGUCUAACUCCUGGAGGAAGGAGCUGCUGAACAGACUAGAAGCAAAAGCAAAAUAAAAUGUUGUGGCUUUUGUGCUGUAGCUCGGAGAUGACUGGUCCUCUCGGCCCGUCGUCGUGGAAACGGGAAGCGGUCCAGACGAGGCGAGGAGGUGUGAGGAGGAGGAGACGAGUCUGGAUCCGACCCUCAGUGUUUGUUAUGUUGGACACAUUUCAGCUCAGAGUCUCCAGACUGAGACGCUCUGUUCCCUUUAUGGGCCGAGGUUCAUUCAAGUGUUUAUUCAGUGUUUUAUACGUCAGGCCUUGUACAGAAGAAUCAUCAAAAUCAUUAUGUGAAGACAUGGUAGAAUUUGGAGCAGUAGCUUCAGUUGUGCAAAUGUAAAAAUAUUAAAAUAACAAUAAAAAAUAAAAUAUAAAACUGUGUAAAAUGUCCCGUCAUUUCCAAACUGUUCACGUUGACGUGUGAUAAAAAUAAAACAUUUAAAGUCUCA